GAUUUUGCUAAGUGGGAAAGAGAGCGCGUGGAAAGAAACAGUAAAACAAAACAAAAAUAAAAAAUAGAAACGAAAAACGAAAAAGAAAAUGAAGGCCUCGUGGGGGUAUUUAGCUCUUACAACUCGCCGAAUGGACGCGUGGAAAUCACGAAAAGAAAAAUAAAAAGUCUCCCUCUCUCUCUCCUCCCCACGGGCAAGCCUGUCUUCUUGUUUGUCAUCUCGCCACCUCUCUCUUCUUCCUCUUUCACUCUGCACAGUUUAAAUAUGCCUGAGACACAUACGACUGUGGGACCCACUUUUCUCUACCAUGGCUGUCUCAGAUAAACACUCCAAGUUUCUGUCUUUGCUUGGUUUUCACCAUUUCUCUCUCUCUCUCUCUCUCUCUCUCUCUCUCUCUCUCUCUCUCUCUUUAAGUACUGGGUCGAUUUGCAGAAGAAAGCUUUAGCUUUUAAGCUUGAAGCUCAAAAAGCAAAUGCUUCAUAGAUUUAAGCUCAGAUUCUCUUUCAUUUGCUGUCCCUUUCCAGUUCCUACAGUUUCCAAACUCUAUGAAGUUUCGUGAUUUCAAAGAUGGGUGCUGUUUUUGACUGCAACCCGAUCCAAUCUUACAUGGGUUUCGUCUGGCUGGCUUGAAAGUUUCGCAUCAAACUCUCAAAAAAAAAAAGGUUGAAUUUUGUUUGCAGUUAGCUCAAAACUAUGAUUAGUUUUUAAUUUAUUUUCUCCCAUUUGAAUGAUUUUAAAGUACGACCAUUCUAUUGCGGCUGCUUCGGUGACCAUUCAAGUUUCUAAAAGCUAGUUCGCAUCGUCUAGAUCCGAUAUAAGUCAAAAACUUAAAAACUUGGUUUUGCUGAUUCUUCUUGGUGCAUCUCUAGGUGAUCGAAACGGUACUGCGUUUAUCUGUUAAUGGUGUCCUAUUGAUCAAGUUACAACGAAAUUAAGGUCCUUACUUUGGAGUUUGGACGAUAUUAAGUUGUUAUGGUGUUGUUGAUACUUUAAGGAGUCUGCCUUGCCUUUUGAUGAUAUAAUUUGAUACUAUUCUUGGAAGAAAUGGAGAAAAACGAGGGAGAGAGCUGGAGGGAAUUGGUGAGACAGAUGCUCCCACCAGGUGCUUCUCUCCCUGAGGAUGCUUCUUAUCUUGAUUACUCCAUAGCGAUGGAGUAUGAAGGGCCACCUGUAGCUUAUGAUGUACCUAGAGUUGAACCUCUUGAUGUUAAUUCACGUUCCAUCCCAACUGCUGAACCGCUAUCUGAAUCACGGAGGUCGGUUGGUAAUAUGGGUCCGCAGGUAAUUGAUCCCAUUCCUCUGCCUGUGUCUUGUAUUGCUGGUGGUGUAACAGGUUCACCUACACAAAGUGCCAGGGUAUCAGGAAGUUCGGAAUCUGUGGUGUCUGUUUUGCAAAACCCUGAUUCUUCUUCAGCUUCACCUUCGGCUUCUCCUGUUUCAGUCCAUAAUCCUCCAAAUAAUCAUCCUCCUCAAUGCGGAGUUAAUGAGGUGAAGAGAGCACCGGUUGUCACUUUUAAUACCGUUGAAAGGUCGGAGAAAAAAGAGGCUGAGAUAGAGAAGCCUGUUUAUCCUGAGUAUGUUGGGGUCUUUAAGGAAAAGAAGAAGAAAAAGAGUAGAGUUUGUUAUCGGUGUGGAAAGGGAAAGUGGGAAACUAAAGAGUCUUGCUUGGUUUGUGAUGCUAAAUAUUGCAGCAAUUGUGUGCUAAGGGCAAUGGGAUCCAUGCCCGAGGGGCGUAAAUGUGUUACAUGCAUAGGUCAGCCGAUUGAUGAGUCAAAGCGACUAAAAUUGGGUAAGCAUUCAAGAGUCUUGUCCAGGUUACUCAGUCCUUUGGAAGUGAAGCAGAUUAUGAAAGCAGAAAAGGAAUGUUCUGCUAAUCAGCUUCGGCCAGAGCAGCUGAUAGUGAAUGGAUUCCCUCUGAAACCAGAAGAAAUGGCAGAACUACUUGGAUGUGCUUUACCUCCACGGAAGUUGAAGCCUGGUAGAUAUUGGUAUGAUAAAGAAUCCGGUCUCUGGGGAAAGGAGGGAGAAAAACCAGAUAUAGUCAUAAGUUCAAACUUGAAUUUCACUGGGAAACUUAGCCCUCGUGCAAGCAAUGGGAAUACUGAAGUUUAUAUCAAUGGCCGAGAAAUUACAAAACUUGAAUUGAGGGUGCUAAGGCUGGCAAAGGUGCAAUGUCCACGUGACACUCAUUUUUGGGUCUAUGAUGAUGGUCGUUAUGAGGAAGAAGGUCAGAACAAUAUUAGAGGAAAUAUUUGGGAGAAGGCGACAACAAGGUUUGUUUGUUCCCUAUUUUCGUUGCCGGUGCCCCAUGGUCAACCUAAUGGUCCAAGGGAUGAAGCUAGCAAUUAUACUACUGUCCCAAAUUAUCUGGAGCCGAAAAAGAUUCAGAAACUUCUUCUUCUGGGACUUCAAGGCUCUGGAACCAGCACUAUCUUCAAGCAGGCCAAGUUUUUAUAUGGGAACAGGUUCACUGCAGAAGAACUUCUGGAUAUCAAGUUAAUGAUCCAGAGUAACAUGUACAAAUACCUUAGCAUUUUACUUGAUGGACGAGAGCGCUUUGAGGAGGAGGCGGUGGCUAGGAUGAAAGCACUAGGUUCCAAUGAUCAAGCCUCUGAACCAGGUGGAGAAGUUGAUGUCAGUGAAACAACUCCAUGUGAGUAUUCCAUCAACCCGAGGUUGAAGCAUUUCUCUGACUGGCUUUUGGACAUUAUAGCCACUGGAGAUUUGGAUGCAUUCUUCCCUGCUGCAACACGUGAGUAUGCUCCAUUGGUAGAAGAGGUGUGGAAGGAUCCUGCUAUCCAGGAAACAUAUAGAAGAAAAGACGAGCUUCAUUUCCUCCCAGAUGUUUCAGAAUACUUUUUAAGCCGGGCUGUUGAGAUAUCAAGCAAUGAAUAUGAACCUUCAGAACGAGACAUACUAUAUGCAGAAGGGGUCACUCAAGGAAAUGGUUUGGCUUUCAUUGAAUUCUCACUUGAUGAUCGAAGUCCUAUGUCUGAAACCUACACAGACAACCUAGAUGCUCCACCACCGCCUCUAACCAAAUACCAACUUAUAAGGGUAAAUGCCAAGGGGAUGAAUGAGGGCUGUAAAUGGGUUGAAAUGUUUGAAGAUGUGCGUGUUGUAGUUUUCUGUGUUUCUCUUAGUGACUAUGAUCAGAUUUGGGUUGCACCAGAAAGUAAUGGUAGUGGAACCCUACUUCAAAACAAGAUGAUGCAAAGCAAGGAACUUUUUGAGAGUAUGAUCAGACACCCAUGCUUUAAAGAUACCCCAUUUGUCUUGAUACUAAACAAGUAUGAUCUAUUUGAAGAAAAAGUUAACCGGGUGCCAUUGAGCACUUGUGAAUGGUUCAAUGAUUUUAGUCCAGUACGACCCCACCACAACAAUCAGUCACUGGCCCAUCAGGCAUAUUUCUAUGUUGCAAUGAAGUUCAAGGACCUGUAUUAUUCCAUGACAGAUCGCAAGCUUUUCGUGUGGCAAGCUCGGGCUAGGGAUCGGGUGACAAUCGAUGAAGCAUUCAAGUUCAUAAGGGAAGUUCUCAAAUGGGAUGAGGAGAAAGAGGACAACUACUAUGCAGGAGCAGAGGAUUCAUUUUAUAGUACAGAUAUGAGCUCCUCACCAUUUGUCAGGCAAGAUGCUGUGUAGUAUUGAUCUUGUAGUUAAUACUCCUUUUACACAAACUGAAAAAUUUUAAGGGGGUAAAAAAUAUAACAUGCUCAGUGGUCCACUGCUCAUUCAAAUAAGGUCUGCUUGUGUUAUUUAAUUUUCUGUACAUCAAUUACAAUGUUAUUGAUGGUGGGGAUGGGUGUAUCCAAAGUUAACUUGUAUGAGCAGGUAGGUACUUUUUACUGUGCCAAUUUGCGGUCUAGGCAAAUGGUAGACUAGAAUUAUGGGGAUUUGCUUUGAGAUUGAGAGGUUGAAUUAGUAAAAAAUCAAGCUAAUUUUUUC